AUGCCUGGCAUCGUCAUGGAUGACCCAAGCGCCCAUGGAGGAUGGCGCACCGCAGGGACGGUGAACGGAGAUAACGCGGCUUCAGAUAACGGCACCUUUCACCAUACGGAUAACAACUCCCAUGCAAAUGGCCGAGCGAACGGCAUAAAACCUCAAUCAUCCGAUUUAAUUGCGGCUCCAGAACUCCCCCCUCCGGAAAUAGCCCAUAUCACUCAAGGGUUCUUCCCACUUGCCAAGGGUAUCAACAGGGUGGUUGUUCAGUGUUGGAACGAUCUACUCCAGCUUCUCAGCGAGCUCGGAGAUGCCCAUCCCAACGCGCAAGGCGGGAGUAGCGCGUCCAACGCCUCUAACGCCAAAAAGAGUCAGAUACUUGAAUUUGCUCAGGCAAAGCGAGCCGAGUUCAUCAAACUACUCGUUCUCUCCCAAUGGGGCAGGCAAGCAGUUGAUGUUGGCAGAUUGAUCGAUUUGCAGUUUUUUAUCCGCCAACGUUAUGAUUUAUACAACUAUACACUCUUCCUUGCAGGAAAUAUAAAGCGAGAUCUCUUCAAGGCGCAGAUGGGAAACCCAGACUUAGAAACUGCAUUAGAAGCGCUUUCGACCGGAGCUGUCUCUGCCCUUCCAGCACUCCCCUUUUUGCCUCCAGGAAAAUUGUCACCCAAAGAUACCCUGAAAACACUUCGAAAAAUCAAUAAAUUAAUAAGCAUCCGACUCAUCACCCAUGAUUCUAUUCCGGAUUACGCUACAUACCAUAUUCAUGAUGGAAGGGUCACAUUCACAAUUCCAAAUGAAAUCGAGCUAGAUCUGUCAAUAGCCCAGGAAACGCGAAACUCUCAGUUCUUCUUUGUUGAUCUCCGGUUCAUAUUCUCACCGUCAUCUGCCCUUUCUAAGGGUCCGGUUCGUGACAGUCUAGAGCGAACUAUCAAUACAGCUCUCAUGAAGUCGGGGAUCGUUGGCUGCUGCGACCUCCUGCACAACCUUGUUCUGAGCCAAAAGAUCAUGACAUAUUUUAGACAGGCCAUUGAAUUAGCCCGAUCCCACUGGGGUAACAAUCUACGAAUAGAGUUGCUCCAUCGCACUCUUGUUAUCCAGUACUGGACCAAUCGACCUGGGCCAAAAAGCUGGAUUGAAAUCGGAACCAGGCGAAAUAAGCCACAACGCCGAAACCGGGCAAACCAACCAGAUAUACCCCGUUUAUAUGUUCGCUGGAUCCGAGAUAACAAAGAGGUUUCCGUUACAAGCAAACAACUCGAUGGCAACAUAAUAUCAGUUGAAUCUAUAUUGCGAAGGACUAUAUCAAAACAUAUCCACGACAUUUUCUUCGAAGUCUACACCAACCUUGCUGCUUCGAAAUUAUAUGGCCAGGGAGCACUCUUCCUGGGGCUAAACACAUCUGCAACGGAACCUGGAAACUGUUAUCUAGAUGUCCACCUCACCCGCAGGAAAACUUUGAGGCUAGCUAUCGAGCCCAUAGGUGGAAUAGUUGCUCUACAGACAGUCCCACUAUCAUUGAACCGACAUGAUGUUGAACCUGAUUCCAGCAAAGGAUUAUCAGUGGGAACAUACGAACGAAUCUGCCGUCUCAGGUGUCUGGUCGCUAUGGAGGAAGCCGAAGGCCAUGGACGUGUGUUUGGCUGGAAGCUGAUCGCCCCUGCAAAUGUCGAUAUGCAAUCACUGCGCAAAGUACUUCCUGUUAAUGAGAUUCGAAACAUCUCUCUUUUCCAACACAAAGACUGGGACCCUAAUUGGCUUGUUGGCUUUACAAGCAGCAUAGAGAGGGACGACUGGUGGGUAAUCCGAUUGCAGAAUAGAGCCGAACCCCAGAUCCGGUCUCCUGGUGAUGGCCGCCUCAUACAGUUACAGCAAGCCCAUGCCGUUACAGGGCAGUGCGGAUAUGCGUCCAACAAACAUCGUUAUCGUUCUUUUGCGAAACUUGCCAACGCCAUAUCGGGUAUGGUUGUGGCUCAUUCAAACGCAGACUGCCUCGACACACUAAAACUUCAACAUUCCCCGAAGAUUGAGAAUCUAGUGUUGGGAGCUGACAACGAGGUCCCAGAGACCAGCGUGCGCUUCCAAGCAUCUGAUCUUCCAGGCCAGCUGAGAGUGACCUCACCCUUAUCCAGCAGAGGCAAGACUAUCAUCAGGGACACUGUUUACCUUGCGUACGAAGGAAUCAAUCACCGAACCCGUGAAGCAAUAGUGGUGGCUACCGGAUGCUUUGCAGUUCCCGUUUCACACCUUAGAAUGGCCAGAUUAGCUUCCGAUUCAAACAUCACCUUCAAGCCUCGAUCUCGGAAAUUUUCAAUUCGCUUUCUUACACGCACUGGUGUGCCUAUUAUUACACAGGUCUUCUCCUGGCUGCAACAGCUCACCAACACCGUUCUGGCCCUGGAGUACAUAUACCGCAAGAAGUUCGUAGUUACUUCGAUAUCGUCCUCAAAAAUCAGUUUUACAUACCCUUCCUCCAACGGUGACCUACGGGCCUCCAUAUCCUUCCAGUACAUCGACACGCCUACGCCUUUACUUUUAUCUGGCAGCCCGCAACCUACGGCCAAAGAUGAUGGUAAACCUUUAGCUCGGCUUCGGAUGUCACUGAAUCUCCAUGGUAAAAACCCGCAUCGACGCAUCAUGGAAUCGUUAACAGCCAUACUCAACGACCCUUCAGCUGGCCUGGGCUUCACGUUGGAAUUUCUUACCCUCACGCUACCUCUCCUGGAGGCGGUUGAGACGAUUCUUGCUGAAUCAAGCGAUCGGUCCCGCGCUGUAGUCAGGAUAGCGGCCCGGUCUGCGAAAGUGUACCAUAUCUCAUACCCGUUCCUCCAAUACCGAUUCCACCUGACAAUGAAACAACGCCGACAGAGCACUUACUGGCUUCUCCGGAACGGCACGAUGCCUAGCGUCCGCAUGAGCCAGGUAGCACUAGAAAGCGAGCUGACGAAUAAAAUACUCAAGGUCAACGGGGAUGGCUGGCGUGGGCUCGGGGAUGGAACCAUGGCGGAAGCAGACAAGCCAGUUAACCUGGUCAUGGUACUCGACAACAUUAUCAAGACACAUGUUGCACAACAACGUACGCAGCCGGAAGCGAAUGGCGCCGGCAGAGCGAUAAUGGUGGACAAGACUAAGCGGGAGGAAGGGAGCCAGAACAGUUCCAUCCCUGCAGCGUUGAGUAACAACAGCGACGGCACCAGCCAGCCUGCAGUAGCAGCGAUGAGCACUGCAGGAGCAGCCGCCCCGAAUAGCGAAUCAGACAGCAGCAAGCAAGCCAACAACGGCAGCAUAAUCACCAUUGACUGA